GUCUGUCAUUCCUGUCAAUAUAUAUGUUUUGUGAUUCCAGAUUCCAGUUUUCUUUAUGUUUUGUGAAUUGUGGUAUUUUUGUGGAAUUUCUCAUAUUUUUGAUGUUGAAAAUUUGGAAUUAGUGAAGUAGUAUUUUCCAAAUUUCCGAAUUCUGGUUAAAUAUAAACGGCAGAUUUAAGUAUAGAUAAGAAUAAGUGAAAUAGUUCACAUACAUCGAUAUGCUUGAAGCACUUCACUCUUUACAUCAGCAAGAUAUCUGAGAAAUUCAUGAUUCAGCUUUAUAGGAAGUGCUUAUCCUAGGGGUUUAUAAAAAUUAUAUGAUAAGAACAGUAAACUGUAUACAGUAUCACAAUGGACAUAUUUAUGCCAAUAGCAAUAUGCGUUAUUUUUAUAAUUCUGUUCACAAUUUGCGGCUGGUGCUGCAAAAGAAAACGUGAAGGUGUCGUGUAUGGAUAUGGAACAACAACUGUAGCUAAUGAUGCAACUCCAGUGGUGAAUCCACCUUAUCCGGUUCAUCAACAAACAACACCUACCCCAGGGUUCAAUGUCAACAAUCCACCAUACCCAACAAGUACUCCAGCACAUCCACAUCCCCAGCCUGUUUACUAUCCAUACCCAAGUUACCAGCACUCCACAGCUGGUGCCCCAUAUCCGAGGCAAUACAUGCCGCCUUCCAUGCCGUACCCGUCACCAGGCCACCCAGCACAUCCUACACCGUACCCUCCUGCGCCGUACCCCCCGGCAGGACCAACCCCAUACCCCCCAACCAGCGGCAGUGACUAUGGCCAACCCCCGCCCUAUGAGAUUGCUGUGUCAAACCCUCCAGUGCAACCACCUCCUGUGCGCGAGGCCUACGGCAAACAAUCGCCAUACAAUCCAAACUAUAACGGAUAAAUUAGAGGUUACACUGAAAGUUAGCCUUACAAAUAUGCGAUGUUCUCUCGUGUAACCGCCUGUGAGGGAGACAUAAGAGAAGAAUCUUCCUAAAACUCUGACUACAAAGAAUGAAAGUGGGUAGGAUUGCGGUAUAGUUAAGGUUACUAUUAUUGAAGUGUAGGUUUUACUUAUUUUUGUUGGUAGUCAUCAAUUAAAACGAGUAGGUAACGCUAUAUGCUAAGCUAUUUUUCACAAAAAUUUUUCACGUUUUGACAUUCAUUGAGGUAAACAGCUGAUUAGCAAGUUACAUCUUUUAAGUUUGUACCAUUGGCUAUAAUGAAUCUAGUGGUAAUGAGGACGUCAUUACUUUUACUUGCCUGGAAACCUUACUAAGUACUUUGUGAAAUAAAUCACAUAAAAGCGUAUGCAGUACAAAUAGCCAUAACCAAAACGACCACAGGUUACCCUUCGAUCUUGAUACAACUCUGUAUACAGAUCACUGUAUGAUGUGGCAUUAAAUGACAGUAGAUCGUCAAGUAUGAUAUGUUAUCACGUUUUGUAGUGAUGAGAAAUCGUGAAAAAUGGUGUAUACUGAUGAUCAGCCGGGUGGCUGAUCCUAUUUUUUAACCUCUCCGACGCGCCUGAAAUUGUUCCAAGUUUUUUCGAAUCUAGAACCUUUCGCGAAAAGUUACUUGGAAGGAACGUUGAGCACUUCAGUUUAAACAAAAAGGAACAGGCACUCGACCGAUUCUUUGACCUGGGUAUUUUCCAACAAUGUGAAAUUUCAGGACCUUGUUCAGGCCAUUUCAUGAAAAAAAAAGUUCAUAGCAUGUCUGCACUCAAGUUUUUUAUACGUGGUCUUCGACUAUGAAAAAGCCAGAAAGUGUUCCAAUUUUUUCAGAUUAACUUGGUUUGAUGAAGAAAACGCGAAAUGAUGUACUUUUCGCAAAAGAUACUCUACAAGAACGAGAUUGAUUUUUUCUUUGAAUAUUAGCAGUCAACUCUGAUCUUCUGAGUCGUGUUUGUUUUCAGCACGAAGAGACAGACGAAACGAUUUUCAUGAUAAGACAUGACUAUAGUGUCGCCAGUUAAUCAUCGUUAAUAUAUUUCUUAAAAUGUGGUUAGGAGACCUGUUAUCUCAUACCAGAAUUGGAAAUAAUACCUAAUAAUACUUUCGAAAAUAUAAUCAAAAUAAACUAAGACUUUAACGAUCUGUAGAGAAAAGUUUAAAACCUUGAGGAUUUUUGUUCAUGAUAUGAGGAGAAGGAUCGAAGCAUGAGGUGUUAGCACUACUCUGAGGUAUUAUGCAGUUUUUCUUAAUAUCCGUCCACACCUUCGUUUGCAAUAAAUAAUCGCUGUUUAAGGACCGGGCUAUUGAUUCCAAAAACCUUUGUUUGUUAAGACUAUUUUCGUUUUAAUUGAUGUCCAAUGCACAGCAAUAAGAAUAUUUCCUAUAAACAUUAUACCAGUCCAGUGGGAAAGUUCAUUUUUUGAUUUAAGAAAAAAAAUACAAACUUAAUGAAAAUAUUUAUUACUAUCAACAUAUUCGUAAAUUCGGCGGGUUUUAUUUCUUAAAUAUCAUUCCGUCCAAAUGUUUGCCAUCCCUUCGGACACACUCUUCUAAUCGCGCGUGCAAAUUCUGAAACACUAUCUUGCAGAGUUCCGGAUUGAUUAUUUCUCGUCGAAUGUUGUCUUUAAGCUCUUCCAGUGUUCAUAGAUUAUUAUUUUACACUUUUGACUUUAGAUAACCCCACAAAAAAUUAUCGCGUGGCGUGAGGUCAGGUGACCUAGUAAAAAGUGCUUUCACCGUGUCCAUCGAUUCUCUAGAAGUAUGGGCAGUGGCCCCAUCCUGUUGAAACCAUGUGUUUCUGUUGAAUCCACGUUCUGCUCUUACAGUAGGAACAAAAAAGUGUCAAUCAUGUCCUUGUAUCGCUCGGAAUUGACUGUCAAUGCAUGACCGUUUUCAUCUCCAAAGAAAUACGGCCCAAUAAUACCGCGCUAGAGGAUAUAGCGCACCAAACCACCUUUGGACUAUGUAGGUGUUGUUUAUGUUUAUCUUUUGGGUUUAUUGGUGCCAAAUAUCUGCAAUUUUGCUUGUUCGCAUAACCGCUUAAGUGAAAAUGGGCCUCGUCACUGCAAACAACGUUCUCGAGUCUGCGCUGCGAAGGAAAAACAUCCCUUCAGCACAAGAUUUCCGUAAUACGUAAUCACGUUCCCUUAAAGCAUGGACUGAUUUUUUCUUCAUUAUGCCAUGCAGUGUUGACCUAGGGAUUCCCAAAGCAGCGGAACGCUUCCGUACAGAACGCCGAGGAUUUGCAAUGAUCGAAUCACUUACUCGACGCACAUUUUCUUCGGUUGAUACAUUAGAUGUGGGGCCAGGAAUAUGUUGACUAAGAGUAGACCACCACUCUUAAAGUAAGCCUCGAUAGCAAAAGCACGUUGCGCUCCGGUCCUACGUUCCAUUGUGACUAUUUAACCCGCACGCCGAACGCGUCGAUCAAGAACUCUCCUCACUUCCUCGCGUAUUCGGUUGCCGCGUAAUUCAAAUUUGAAAUGUGAACUUUCCCACUGGACACCCUGUAUAAAAGUGAUAUCGUAUGGUUCUGUACUAUGAAUGCACAGUUAUAUGCUUUUAAGAAACCAUAGUUCAGAUAUACAUAUAACAUUUCAAAAAAAAAACAAAUGCUGAUAUAUUUGACAGAUCAUAAACGAACAACUAGCAUCACUUAAGACCUAGAAAUGUCGCAACUCAGUUUAUAUGCGUCAUGUUCGCGACUAUUAGCGCCAUCUCUAGGACACAGUAUAGUCACAAUGUGCCAUGCUACGAGCCCCUUCCCAAUUCAGUUGGCCCACUUCAAGAUUUGUACCAAAAUAUGCCUUUAUAAACUAAACAUGACGAAACUAUUUACUUCUAAAACAAUUUAUUUUCUCGAAAACAUUUUAGAUACACUCUAGUCGUAAAAAAUACAUAUUUGAAAUCACUUAGACCUAUAACUAACUAAUAGAACAUCUGAACAAAUAAACAAUGUGCGAAUAAAUGCGCGCAGUUAACAAAGCAACAAUUGAAAGAUUACCAUUGGGUAACAUCACCUUUAUUUUUUAUUACGGCUGAAAUUCUUUGAGGCAUAGUGUUAACCAAGUUUUGGCAAAAAUUUGGUGUAAAACAAUCCCAUAUUUCUUGAAGCUUUUGUCUCAGUUUGGUGAUUGUACGAGCAGGAUGUUGUAGAACCUUUUGCAUCUCGUGCCACAAAGUUUCAAUAGGUGACAGAUCUGGACUGCUAGAAACCCAUUUCAAAAGUGGUACAUUAUUUUCUUCCAUCCAUUUUAUAGCCUUUUUUAAGGUAUGGCACGCUGCACCAUCUUGCUGAAACACAAAAUCUUGGCCGGAUGUCAAACAUUCUUCCAUCACUGGUAAAAGUGAUUCUUCUAAAAUUGUCAAAUAUUUGUUUGUAUCCACAUUUCCAUCAAUAAAAUGAAGUUUUCCUACUCCUUUUGAUGACAUACUGCCCCAGUCCAUAAUGGAUGCUGGAAAUUUCACUUUUCUCUUCAGACAGUCAACAUGGAAUGCUUCAUUUUUUUUUGCGAAUAACUCUAUAACACCCUGCUACAUUUUUAUUAUUUGUGUUUGAUAAGAAAAAAACGAAGAUUUCAAUAGUUGGGCCAACUGAAGUGGGAAGGGGCUCGUAUAUCUAGCAACAUCAUUUUGAAAAUAUUUUAAAUUGAUUGCUUUUUACUCCUUCAGCAAUGUCCUUUUCGCAAACCAACCCAAGACUUUCUUCCAUUGACAGCUCAAAUGAUAUAUCUGAAAGCGUAUAACUGAAAAAAUAAAGACUAUGAGGUGAUAUAAUGAUAUAUUUGUACUAAAUACGCAUGUAUUUCUCAUAUAUCCCCAUCUUAAUAACUAGAUGGCUAUAACUAAUGUUUUAUAUUAUGCAUCAGCUGACUUUAGUUCUAUGGAUUUGAAUACAGGAUGUGAUAUGGAUACUUAGGUGAGAGUGUGUACAUAUUUUUCUUUAAGGGACUGUUUUCUAUUAAAAUGCUUAGCUAAGUUAAAUCUUAAAAAAGUGUAUUUUAUUACUCAUUGUUUGUAAGACUG